UGUGUGUCAAACCCUCCCCGUCCUUGCUGAAGUCUGCAGUAAAGCAAAAUCUCUCUGCUCCUGUUGGGAAGCAACGGUAGUAUUCUCAAACUAAGGGAGAGUGAGGGUCAAAGUCCCUUUAAAAAAAAAAAAAAGUGAAAUACAGUAUUGUGCAUCUUGAAAUCUGAAACCAAGAAACAGAAUUGCAAGGGAAACAAGGGGGGAAGCCUUGCAAUUCCUGAGGACAACUCUUGCAAGUGGAGUUUUAAGAAGUAAAAUACCUGUCUAUGCAUUUAAAGGGCGUUGAAUGGCUUUUGGGGAGAAGGCUGUGAAAUAAAGGAGAUUAAAGGAAGAAGACUUUUUCUUUUUUUUUUUCUCUCAUCUUCUCUGGAUAUAAUGGCCAUUGCAAAGCAAAGCAUCUCCAGAUUUGGCUUCAAGUGUUUCUUCUUUGCAACUUUUCUGCUGGUGUGUGAUGGACACAGUGGGAAGAGAGAGAACGGGGGUCCUGCUUGCUACGGAGGGUUUGAUUUGUACUUCAUUCUGGACAAAUCAGGAAGUGUCCUGCAUCACUGGAAUGAAAUAUAUCAUUUUGUGGAACAUUUGGCCCGCAAGUUCAUAAGCCCUCAGCUGAGGAUGUCCUUCAUUGUUUUUUCAACCAGAGGAACAAUUCUGAUGAGAUUAACAGAAGACAGAGAACAGAUACGUCAGGGUCUAGAAGAGCUUCAGAAAGUCCUUCCAGGAGGUGACACGUACAUGCAUGAAGGAUUUGAAAGGGCAAGUGAACAGAUUUACUAUGAAAAUGUUCAUGGUUACAGAACUGCAAGUGUCAUCAUUGCACUGACAGAUGGAGAACUCCAUGAAGACCUAUUUUUCUACUCUGAGAGGGAGGCCAAUCGGUCAAGAGAGCUGGGAGCAACAGUAUAUUGUGUUGGUGUGAAAGACUUCAAUGAAACCCAGGUAAACAAGUGCUCAUUGUGUCUGCUGGGGUAUUUGGCAAAGGCAUUUGGCACAGGCACAAAAUCCAGACUUUCUGUCUCUUUCCUCACUCUGCUGACUGCUUGACAGUCUGAAGUGUCUACCUGAAGUGCAUUGGUCAUGAUGCUGAUUUUAAGCCCCUUCUGCCUUCACCUCCUUCUGCAGAGAAGUAUUCCUCUGCCCAUGUGCCACAAUGAUUGCUGUGGAAAAGCAGGGAAAAGGCAGAGGAAUAACAAAUCCAUCUGGUCUAAGCUGUAGACAGAAGGUU